GCCGGAGCCGGAGCCGGGGCCGGAGCCCGAGCAGCCGCGAGCGGGCAGGAGCCUGGCCAUGGCCACGGCCACGGGGGCCGGCCCCGACCGCAGCCGCGCAGGUGAGGGAGGGGCCCCGGGGGCGCAUUCCUGCACAACGGCCGCCCCCCCUCCAGCUGGCUCCCUUCCCUGUGGCCGGGCCCCGUGGCACGUCCGUGACAUCAUGAGUUCCACUGUGGAGAGCUCCGAUGACGAGUUCUUUGAUGCCCGAGAAGACGUGGCAGAGGGCAAGAGCGCCCUUCUCAUUGGCAUGAGUCAGUGGAACUCCAACGACCUCGUGGAGCAGAUUGAGACGAUGGGAAAGCUAGAUGAGACGCCAGGAGAUCCAGGCUCUGGCCUCUGCACAUCCAGCAUCCUUCAGGAAAAACAGCGAGAACUGUACCGAGUCUCUUUGAGAAGACAGAAAUUUCCAGCCCAAGGCAGCAUCGAGAUCCAUGAAGAUGCCGAGGGAGGCCCCCAGCAGCGGGCUUGCAGGACACACGUGCUCCUCUUGGUGCUGCACGGAGGCAACAUCUUGGACACGGGCAGCGGGGACCCGGGUUGCAAGGCGGCCGAUAUCCACACCUUCAGCUCUGUGUUGGAGAAGGUGACCCGGGCCCACUUCCCCGCAGCUCUGGGCCGCGUCCUCACGCAGUUCGUGCCCUGCCCGGCCAUCUGCUCCCAGGCCUUCUCCCUCAUCUCCAACCUGAACCCCUACAGCUAUGAUGAGAACUGGCUGAGCAGCAGCGAGGACCAUAUCCCUCUGGCCGCCCUGCCCUUGCUGGCCAUCUCCUCCCCCCAGUACCAGGACGCAGUCGCCAUGGUGAUCACCCGUGCCAACCAGGUCUACAGCGAGUUCCUCAAGUCUCCAGAUGGGAUUGGCUUCAGCGGGCAGGUGUGUCUCAUCGGUGACUGUGUCGGGGGCAUCCUGGGCUUUGAUGCCAUUUGCUACAGUGCCAGCCCUGCGGGGGACAGUCUGAGCAGCAGCAGCCGGAAGGGCAGCGUCAGCAGCACCCAAGACAACCCCAUCCUGGCCGAGGACGAUUGCAGCCUCAGCGACACCUCCCGCCUCAGUAAGAGCAGCAUCGACAUCCUGGGCACCUGGGAGGACGAGGAACUGGCGCCCGCCCUGCCCCGGAAGCAGAGUGACUCGUCUGCCUGUGACUGUGAUGCCAUCAGCCAGCAUCACUCCUUCUUGUCCAGCAUUCACUCCAGUGUUUUGAAAGAUGGUGCCGAGCCCCCCACGGCUGGACCCUCCCAGUUCUCCGAAGCCAGCCUGAGCCGGUUUGACUUCAACGUGUCCGAUUUUUUCCUUUUUGGUUCCCCACUGGGCUUAGUGUUGGCCAUGAGGAGGACGGUCCUACCCGGGUUGGAUGGCUUCCAGGUACGGCCCGCCUGUAACCAAGUCUACAGCUUCUUCCAUGCAGCCGACCCGUCGGCCUCCAGGCUGGAGCCCCUGCUGGAGAAGAACUUCCACCUGCUGCCCCCGGUCAGCGUGCCGCGCUACCAGAGGUUCCCGCUGGGGGACGGACAGUCCCUGCUCCUCGAGGACACUCUGCAGGCCCACAGUGCCCUGUUCCUGGAGAGUGGCCCGACCGACGCCCCGUCAUCCCCAGACGCCCCAGCCCUGGUGCUCCCGCCCCCUCGGGGUCAGAGGCUGGGCAGGAGGCUCAGUGAGGGCAGCUCCAACAGCGAGAGCUCAGGGUCCAGCGAGAGCCUGCCUUCUGCCAGCAUGGCGCACAUUGUCGCCAAGUGGUGGGGAACCAAGCGGCUGGACUACGAGCUCUACUGCCCCGACGUGCUCACGGCCUUCCCCACUGUGGCCCUGCCCCAUCUCUUCCAUGCCAGCUACUGGGAGUCCACGGACGUGGUGGCCUUCAUCUUGAGACAGGUCAUGCGCUAUGACAGUGGGGCUGUAAAGGAGAGCCACAGCCUUGACCCCUCCACGCUCAGCCCAUCCAACCCCAGAGAAAAAUGGCUUCGCAAGCGGACCCAGGUCAAGCUGAGGAAUGUGACCGCUAAUCACCGCGCCAAUGAUGUGAUUGCCGCAGAAGAUGGCCCGCAGGUCCUAGUGGGACGCUUCAUGUACGGACCCCUUGACAUGGUGGCCCUCACGGGAGAAAAGGUGGAUAUUUUCAUCAUGGCAGAGCCGUCCUCGGGCCGCUGGCACUACUUGGACACAGAGAUCACCAACAGCAGUGGACGCGUCACUUAUGGCGUGCCCAAGCCCAAGCGGCUGGGGGUUGGGGUCUAUCCCAUCAAGAUGGUAGUCAGAGGGGACCAGACCACGGCGAUGAGCUACUUGACGGUCCUCCCCCGGGGCAUGGAGUGUGUCGUGUUCAGCAUCGAUGGCUCUUUCGCGGCCAGCGUCUCCAUCAUGGGCAGCGACCCCAAGGUCAGGGCAGGAGCUGUGGACGUUGUCCGGCACUGGCAGGACCUGGGCUAUCUGAUCCUCUACAUCACAGGGCGGCCAGACCUGCAGAAACAGCGGGUGGUGUCCUGGCUGGCCCAGCACAACUUCCCCCAGGGCAUGAUUUUCUUUUCUGACGGGCUGGUGCAUGACCCCCUGAGGCAGAAGGCCAUCUUUCUGCGGAACCUUGUACAGGAGUGUUUCAUCAAGGUCAGCGCGGCCUACGGCUCCAUGAAGGACAUCUCGGUCUACAGCGCCUUGGGCCUGCCGCCCUCCCAGAUCUUCAUCGUGGGCCGUCCCGCCAAGAAGUACCAGCACCAGUGCCAGUUCCUCAGUGAGGGCUAUGCAGCCCACCUGGCCUUGCUGGAAUCCAGCCACCGGGCCCGGCCCAAGAAGAACAACUCACGGGUGAUCUUGCGCAAAGGCAGCUUCGGCCUCCACUCUCAGCCCGAGUUCCUGAGGAAGAGGAACCAUCUGCGCCGGACGAUGUCCGUCCAGCAGCCCGACCCGCCGGUAUCCACCCCGAAGCCCGAGCGGGCCCAGAGCCAGCCAGAGUCGGACAAGGACCACGAACGACACCUCCCGCCGGUGGGCUGGGCCCGGGGGGGCCCCCCCAAGUUUGAGUCGGUACCCUAAAGUUGGGGAGCCAUAGUCUGGGGCCGCCUUCCUGAGCGGGAGGCCUGCCUGGAGGUGGAGGGGCUGGGUCAGGGGUCAGUCUGCCUUCUCCCAAACACAAGGAGCUCUUCUUUGUUCCCCUCCCUGUGUCUGUCCAGAAAUGCCCCCGGAGCAGCUGUGUCCCCAGCGCCUCAAGUGUGUCCUGUGACACUUGAGGUGCGUUUGUGAGGGUGGGAAGCCCCGCCCUGGGGACAGAACAAGGGAUGGCCAGGGCUGGGGCUCCUCCCUAGGCCCCAGGCGGCUUCGGAGGCUGGAGAUGGGUGGGCCUGGGAAGGGCCGUGCCGGUUUUGGUUCAAGAGUUGUCCUCAUUCGCCCACUUUGGGGUUGCUGUUUGUCUGUCGUCUGUCUAGGUUUGGGGUCCUUUCCUGGAAAGGCCUGGGGCUGGGGGCCCCGGCCUGGGUGCUGAGGUGCCAGGGAGAACCCCCGCCCGGGCCCUCCUGUUUCCGAUGCCCAGCGGGGCCUGCUUUUCCAGGGCUACAGCCGCCACUACCCCCUGGGAGGUCUUGAGAGACACUGGUGACAGCCCUUGGCUCGCC